UCAAUUUUUCAAUAUUACCAUGGAAAUCCAUUUAUCAACCUGGCAAUCCAAUUAUUCCUCCUUAAACUCAGGAAUUUCUUGACCUUUCCAGUUACAAAAAAUUCUUUCCCCAUUUCUUCCAUAAUUCUCUCUCCAUUCCCUUUGCAAUUUUGCAUAAACAAUCAACUCCGAGAAUAAUCCUCUACCGAAAAUCGAGAGGAUUCUCGAACAUUCGAGAGGCGUCACGAGCGUCGCUGGAUUCCCAUAAAUACCGGAGCUGUAGCUAGCGCUUCCCCAGUAUCAAAACAGAAAGCAAAGCGUAUAGAUCGUUACACAUUUACUGUGUAAACAUAAUUCACCUCUUUAUAUCAAGUGAAUUUGAUUCGUUAAGUCAAUUGUCAAAAGUGAAUUGUGAGAAAAAAAUGUCACUUCUUCCAAUGUUAUUCUCUAACUGGUGGGAAGAUCUGGAUCGUCCGCAUCGCCUCCAUAACCAGCACUUUGGGCGAGUAUUGAACGCCGACGAUUUCCUCCAUGACACAUCCUCCCCCUUGGAUUCGAGUCUCUUGGUCCUUCGUGCACCUCGCAGACGCAGCCACCAUUUCCAUCCCUACGAGAGAGCCGUUGCUCGCAAAUCCGGAGGUUUCUCGGUCGUUGAGGCUGAUAAGGACAAGUUUCAAGUGAGUCUGGACGUGCAGCAAUUCGCCCCGGAGGAGAUCAACGUGAAGGUCGUUGGACGUAAUGUCCUUAUCGAGGGAAAGCACGAGGAGAAGCAGGACGAGCAUGGUUUCAUCUCUCGCCAAUUCACUCGCAAGUACCUGGUGCCAGAGCAGUGCGAAAUAGAUGAUCUCGAAUCACAUUUGUCCUCUGAUGGAGUGCUCACCAUCACAGCACCCAAGAAAAAGUCUCUUGAGGACAAGAACGAGAGGAUCAUUUCUAUCACUCAGACUGGACAACCAGCCCUGAAGGACGCUGAAGCCUCGUCGUCACAGAGCAAGGAAUCAGCCAACACACCCAAGUCACCUGUCACCCGGGGACAGGAGAAAGCUGCGAAGACUGUCAAAGCUGCUUAAUCACUUUUCAUCGUUUCUAGUUAUCAUUAUUCAUUAAUUCUCAUGAAUACCUCGUUUAUUCAUUUUCAUUUGUAUUAUUCCGAGUACUUCAAGUUUUUGUGAUCAACCUUUGAAAGGCUGUAAUAUCCUAGAAUUAGAUGUACCUUGAAAGACCAGUAAAAGUAUGUUUUUAUGUCGACUGCACAUGUGACAGAUUUUUCAUAUUUAGAGAACUAAAUAUUAAGUCAUAACAUUACGUAAAAUAAAAAUUGAAACAAACACUUGUAAUAGUUCAAAGAUUUUUAUAAUAAAAUCCAAAAUGAUAAGAAAA